AUGGCGCAACCGGGCAACAGUAUGCCGACCAACUUUGACCUCGACUUUGGAGACCUCGACCUAGUCAUGGACGAUGGAGAUGAGCAAGGGCAAGAUUUCAUGGAUUCGGCUAGUGGUCGGAGAAUGAGCAUCGAUGAUGAUGGUACGGACCUACAAGAAACUCAGCCUAGCAAUGCCGCGUCGCAGAAGAGCGCUUCGAGCGCUGUCACCGACUUCACGAGAAGGCGGAAUUGGACACAGCGCAUUCUGGCGGAGAUGAAGGAUAUGCUGGUUGUGUUGAGUGCAGAUGGCAGAGUCCUCUACACUUCGCCUGCUACUAUGUCAAUUACAGACGUGGAUCCCAGGCAUCUUGGAGGUCAGUUCCUUUCAGAUUUCAUCCACGACGAUGACAGAACUUCUUUUAUUCGUGAAUUCAACGAAUCUAUUGCCACCGGCCACCGGCUCAGAUAUCAUUUUCGCUUUAAGAGGCCUGAUGGGGAAUAUACUAUAUUGGAAGCUUCAGGACAUCCACAUAUGGCCAACGAGAAGACAACAUUAGGGACAGGGAAAGAAGGAAUAGCCUGCAAUGGCUUUUUUCUCAUCUGUCGGCCGUAUCCCACCGAGAGCACCGCACUUUUGGAUUCUUUCCUCGAACACAAAGUUGAGAAUAUACGAUUAACUAGAAGAAUUGCCGACUUGAAAAAGGAAGAGGAGGAGGAGCUACGGUUGCAACAGCAGUGGAUACGUCGCUCUGAUAAUUCAGUAACAAUCAGCCCAGAAGAUGAGAAUGACGGCUUCCAGAACUUACCCACGACAAUGUCAGAACAAGGCAAGAUGCUGCCGCCUUCACGACCCAGUGUGUCAACUUCUGGACAGGAAGGCUAUGGCCUUGUCUCAUCGUUGGAUGGAAAUAUCGAUACGGUUUCUCGGAGCGAUGCUUCUUCGGUGGUGGAUGGCAUUGAAAUGCUCACCGGUCUACGAUACGCCGAGGGCGAAAGAUCCAGGGGGCUCAGUACUGGUGCCCGCGAUGGAGGGCUGGUCCAAGGACCGAUAGGUCAUAAUCAACUGUCGACUAGCUCCGAAGAAAACGACAAGAAGAAGAAAAUCAAGACAAUCGAGGAAUACGUGUGUACUGACUGUGGCACACUGGCUUCUCCUGAAUGGAGAAAAGGUCCCAGUGGACCCAAGACUCUAUGCAAUGCUUGUGGACUACGCUGGGCCAAAAAAGAGAGGAAGCGACAGGGAUCAACUCAAAUAUCCAGCUAA